AUGGCCUCGAAGUACGUGCCGACGCUCUUCAGAAGCAGCACAAGAGCUGUGCGAAGCUGUAUACGGGAACAGCGCCGGACAUUCCAGGUCUCGAGCGUAGCAAAGAGCGCCUCGCUCAAUGUGCAUCGAAACACACCUGAGAACAAUCUAGAUAUCCCCUUUCGGUUCAACAAGCAGAAUGAGGAGCUCAUCAAGGAAGUGCUUAGCCGGUACCCCAGCCAAUACAAGAAGGCGGCAGUGAUGCCCCUACUAGACCUCGGACAGCGCCAGCAUGGAUUCACGAGCAUCAGUGUCAUGAACGAGGUGGCGAGGAUAUUGGAGAUGCCUCCGAUGCGCGUAUACGAGGUGGCCACAUUCUACACCAUGUACAACCGGAAUCCUGUCGGCAGAUUUCACAUCCAGUGCUGCACAACGACUCCUUGUCAGCUACGAGGAAGCGAUGGCAUCAUGAAAGCGAUUGAGGACCACCUCGGCAUCCACCACGGCGAGACCACCAAGGAUAACAUCUUCACAUUUACCGAAGUCGAAUGCCUAGGCGCCUGCGCCAACGCCCCGAUGGUCCAGAUCAACGACGAUUACUACGAGGAUCUGACACCCGAGACGACUAAGCAGCUUCUCGAUGCACUGAAGGAAGCUGCAGAGAAGACGGGCGCAAGUGGCUGGGCACCAGGUCUUGCGGGUGAGAGCGGUAAAGACCAAGUCUCUGGUCAAAGCACAGGGAAGAGCUUGAAGCAGGGAGGCGCAGGAUACACAGCACAGGGCGUAAAGAUUCCCGCACCUGGCCCAUUGAGCCAGCGUAUAAGCUGCGAGAAUGCAGCAGGUCAGACGAACCUGCUGGGCGAUCUCCCAACACCCGAACAGACGCUCAGAAAGGAUGGUGCACUGUAA